GAUGAUAACAUUCAUGUUAUUGUUAUUGCUCGCGCCACGCAAGGCUACCGCCUAUUGCUGGCGGACCCACCGGACUGUACCUGAUGACAGCGCCGGGCAAGCCCCGUGCUCCAGAAGGCCUCUAUCCGCUGCUUCAUCCCUGCUGCAUCUUCGUCGUGCGUGUCUUUUUGGCAAGCAAGUGAAUAGGGCCUAAGUCGUCUUCAUGAUGACCACAAAUGGAGAUUUUAUCUUCCAAGCGAAAUUGGACUCUAGAUUCAGCAGUCUGAAGUGCCUAAAACAUUGUUUCAUCUGAGUGAGGAUGCCAUCUCACAACUGGAUAUAAUUUCUUUUGAAAAUGCUUUAAAAACACUUUACUUCAAAAAUGGAAGAAGGAGACUUGGGGUUUGGUCAAGGAUUGAAACCUGGAGCUAUUUCUACAUCUACUGAAGAUGUGGACUUAUCGCCUCGGCAACAAGACCUAAAAAUCAAAUCAGAAUCAAGAGAACAAGAACCAGACGUGGUAAGAAAAAGCAACGGCUCCAGCAGGAGACUAAAGAGGAGCAACAGUCUAGGGUCAGCAAUAAAAAGGGAAAGAAAUGGUGAGAAUGAAAGGGAGGAGAUUCCUGAGUUUGCAGGAGUGCCGUUGGGAACAUCACUCAGACAGCAGAAAGUUCUCUACACUCAAAACAUCACAGAUUUCCUCAAGAAGAAGGACAAGUUAAAGCUAGCUGCUGAUGUAAAAGGGUCUGCUGUUCCUGCUUCGUUCUUUGCUGUCCAGCAAUCUAUCGUUAAUAGACUCCAAGAAGCAUCAAACGAAGUAAUAGUUUUACAAAGUGAAUUGGAAGCUUCUAAAUCUCAACUAGACAGCAAGUACAGGGCAAUACGCAUUCUUCAGAAUCAGUUUUCACAUGUGGCUGCAUUGAAUGCUGAAAAACAAAGAAAUAUUGUUACAGUACAAGAUCAAGCCAAAGUUCUUCAAAAGGAGGUGAAUGCAUUACAGUUUGAAUUGGAUGCCAAGUCAAGUUCAUUUAUGUUCAGUGAGCAGACAUGGGCUGAAAGAUUUGAUAGGCUGAGUAUUGAAAAUACUGCCCUCAUGGCAACGUUACAGGCCAGGUCCGAUGAGGUCAGACGAUUACAUGCUGACAAGAUGGCUUUGAAAAGAGAGAGGGAUGAACUAUUGGCUAUGAUGGAUGCAAAUGAGAGACUGCAGUACGAUAGACAUUGGUCUUCUAAGAAUGAUGCUUGCUUAAACAACUCAGUAUCUGAGCAAAUGGCCGUGCUUGGUUCCUGUUUGUGUCGUGGUAAUAAACCAGAGCCUUGCCGGUGUGCUAAGACAGCUGCCUUACUCAAAAAAGAUAACAGUUUACUCAAAGAUGAGAAUUUCAAGUUAAAUGAGAGUCUCAAGGAAGCCUACCUCGUAGCCGAUGCCUUCCGGAAAGCCUUUGAAGAACAACUCAACCGUAACUCAUCGAUGAGCAAAGAGCUUGCCGACUCCCCUCCUCCGUCUGCUGCAAAAGACGCUGAGAAGAAUGGGAUGAGGAGAAAACCUCUUCUACCAUGGAUGAAGAAGACGCCGCCAAAGAAUGGACAUUGUCAACGGGAUGAUGUUGGUAAGCUGCUAGCAGAAUCACUGGACAUACAAGCUCUAGUGGUCAGUGAACUGGAUGAGAUCCAUCAUGAACGGUCAAGAAGUGUCGGGGUUCAAGUCUCUCAACCCAUGCCUGAUCUCAUCAGAAACAUGGCCGAACUGCUGAAUGAUAAAAGUGAAGCCUUAGCUCACCAGCGGUUGGUUACCAAGAUGUUGGCAAGACGUACUCAAGAUCUAGAAGCAACCAUGAAGAAAUACAGUGAUCUUUAAUACCAGAUGAAUUACCUCAAACAGUAU